UAAAAUAAAAUUAAUAAAUUUAUUUGCUUGUCUUAUUAUUAUUGACCAAUAGCAUCCCCUUUGGAAUUGUAUCGUAGACGCGUUCCGUGAAGGAAAAUAAUGUUCUGCCUGCACUAGACUUCAUCUGAAGUCUUCGACUCCAAUAGCAUGGUGCUUCUUGGAAUGUCCAUUAAUGGUUUCCAGGAAAGAAAAAGUAAAAUUCCUUCUCUUCUCCGCUAUAAGUGCAGGAUAUAUCCAGUUAACCAUUCAUUUGAUCCACCUUAUAGUUUCCAAAAUGACAAAAUCCGAGAGUGAAAUCUCCUCCUCUACCUCACGAACUUACGAAUACGAUGUAUUCUUGUCUUUCCGGGGCGGAGAUACUCGCCGUAACUUUACUGACCACCUACACUACGCGUUGGUGGAGCACUGGUUCACCACGUUCAGAGGCGACUUGUCACUCAGAAGAGGAGAAGAGAUUGGGCCCGAAUUGCUGAAAGCCAUCGAGAAUUCAAGGCUCUCCAUCAUCAUAUUCUCCAGAAACUAUGCGGACUCAAGAUGGUGCCUCCAAGAGCUUGUGAAGAUCAUGGAGUGCAGGAGGACUUUGAAACAGAUUGUUCUUCCUGUUUUUCAUUACGUAGAUCCGACCGACGUCCGGAAACAGAGGGGAACAUACGCUGAAGCAUUUGCCAACCACCAACAGCGUUACGGAGACGCCCAGGUUCAGGAGUGGAGAGCUGCUUUGACUGAGGCUGCCAAUUUGUCCGGUUGGGACUUGCUUAACCGGCAUGAGUCAGAGGAAAUUCGAAGUAUCAUUAAAACGGUAGCAGAUAGAUUAAAUCGUGACUUAUUCGAAAUUAUUGAAAGUGUUUUUGAUAAAUUGAAACAAGAUGUGACCAUCAUUGAAGCACUAGAAGACUGUGCUGAAACAGUUGGUGAAACGGUUGGUGAAAUUAUUGAUGAUGUUUCUAAUUUACUGGAUUCUGAUACUUCUUCUGAUUCUGAUAGUGUGGAUGAUGCAUUAGAUAGUCUGAAGGAGGAGUGGAAUAAGUUCUGGGAUUCUUCUUGAUAUUCUGUUAUUCUUUGGGAUUUUGUUGUCCUCAUGUCUUUUCCUCUUUUGCUUUAGUUUUUCAGUUGGUCAAUUCUUUAUGGUUAAAUCCAUUUAAGUGACAAUAUUAGUGAAUUUAUUGUUAUUGUUUUUAUAUUG